GCUAUAGAGUCCAGCUCUACGUGAGAAUGGAGUAUUGUAUUUUCAUUUUGUGUGACCGUGAAUGGACAAGAUGCUGAUAAGGCUGAACAGUGUUCUUUCCUUAUUUACGAGUAAUUAACACACGCCCUGUUCUACAGAACCGUCGUGAAGAACACCCGUAUUCUUGUAUUGAGAGAGAGUGGCCAGGGAUGUGCUAAAUAAGUGAUGGAGGAGGAAAUAUAAGAGAUGAGAUCAGAGAUUGCCCAGCUUGGCAAUGUUUACAUAUUUGUGUGAGAGUGCUGUGCUUGUUUUUGGAUGGUUCAAAGUGUGAUGCCGAGUAUAACUGGGCCGUUCGUGUUGGGCGGUGGAAGUAGUGGAGCUGGGGAGAGAGAGAGCAGUGACGGCGGUGGUAAUCGGGGGGGAGGGAGGAGCACUGGAGUUGUUCGGCCAAUGUCCAAUGAGGAAUGUGGCAUUCGAGAAGUCUGGGCACACAACAUGGAGGAAGAGUUUCAUCACAUCCGUCGUAUUGUGCUCCAGUAUCCCUUUGUUGCCAUGGACACAGAAUUUCCCGGUGUGGUUGCACGGCCAAUUGGUGAAUUCCGAAGUAAUGCAGAUUACCAGUACCAGCUUCUGCGAUGUAAUGUGGACCUUCUCAAAAUUAUCCAGCUUGGUCUUACAUUCCUAGAUGAGCAGGGCAAGACACCUCCUGGAUUCAGCACUUGGCAAUUUAAUUUCAAGUUUAAUCUUACGGAGGACAUGUAUGCACAAGACAGUAUAGACCUUCUGCAAAAUUCUGGACUACAAUUCAAAAAACACGAAGAGGAUGGCAUUGAGCCUGUUAACUUUGCGGAGCUUUUAAUGACCUCUGGCAUUGUGCUGUUUGAUAAUAUCAAGAUGCUUUCCUUCCACAGUGGGUAUGACUUUGGAUACUUGUUGAAACUGCUAACAGAUCAGAAUCUACCGUCUGAAGAAAGUGAUUUCUUUGAUCUCCUAAGACUCUACUUCCCCUCUAUAUAUGAUGUAAAGUACCUGAUGAAAUCCUGCAAGAACCUGAAAGGAGGGUUGCAGGAAGUUGCAGAACAGCUAGAACUAGAGCGUGUGGGUCCUCAGCAUCAAGCUGGGUCAGAUUCACUCCUUACAGGUGCAGCUUUCUUCAAAAUGAAAGAGAUGUUUUUUGAGGACAAGAUUGACGAUGCAAAAUACUGUGGUCAUCUAUAUGGCCUUGGAACUUCCUUUGUUGUGAACGGCAAUUCUACGGCUUCAUAUACGGACAAUGGUCACACAUCAGACUCCACAUCCAAUUCAUAGUGCAUUGGAAAAUCCCAGCACACCUGCCAUGUGUACAGACUCUUUUUUGUCAUGCAGAAACGUUUGCAGACAUGCCUACAUCCUAAUGACACAACCAGCUGUAUGAGUGAAGGGUAACUUAAAGGUUUUGACAGAUUGCCAUAUGUUCAGAAAUGUGGCCCCUCAGCUGAGUUUCACAUUUAUAUUCUAAGCCACUUGAGGUGCCAUCUCAGUGAACCAAUUUUAUUUUCAUUUCCAUGUCUAUUUUAGAUUUGUUAUAUGUGCUCACUCUUUCUCUCAUACUCUCUACUCCUGGUGAGUAAACAGUGGUCCAUAGUUCUAGAGUUCCAGAGCCAUGAUUGGUGAUAUUGCUAACAAAUAAGGUUUAUUAGUAAUUUAUGUAAAAUAUAAACUUGUAGCCAAAAUUGACAAACAUUAGUAAAGAUAGUUUACACUUGAAGACAAUUUUUUAACCAGUGAUAGGGAGACGUGAAGAGAAGUAGAAAAGUUCUUAAUUUUUAAUCCAGUGCUUGAAUGACUCAAAUUGAAAGUGUGCUUUGAUAAAAUAUGCAAAUCCCUCAUAUAACUUACUCAUUAUCUUGUUAAAAGAUGUUUUAGUAAUUAUGCUUAGCCAGAAAGUAAGGCCUCUUAAGUGUUUACAUUCUGAGAGAGGUAAACAUCUUUUAUACAAGACCUUCAAAAAGAUUUAAGGAAUUGGUAUCAAAAUUUCUAAAACAAAAAUAGUCCUUUAAAAGUCAAACGAUUGAAUUCUUUGAAGGUAUGGAGAAGUCUUGUCAUACUGCAUUCAUUACAAUUGGAAUAAUCCUCCCCCAGAAAUCAGUCAAUGUUUUAGUGUCAGUCUAUUGAAGAGGGAUAUUAAUGAAUUUUUUAUUAUACUAAAUUGCUAAAUAAAUUUUGGUUGGUGAAGCUUAACAUUUGUUCUGUUUAUUUUUUAAUAUGGAAGUAUGUUAAUGUUUGAAUGUUUACUUUGUAGAAAGUAUCUUGCAAUAAAUAAUGUAAAAUUAAUGUUUUCUGGAAAUGUUCAGUUAAACAGUUUGUCAGAUUUUGUGGAGUACAAGAUAGUCAAAGAUAAAAAAAAUACUUAUUUGGGUAUGCUAAAUCUCCAUAAUAAUUUUAUUUAUAUAAAGCUCAAACUUAGUGUGUCAAUGUUAUUUGUCACCACUGAUUUUAGAAUGUUUCUCUUCUAAGUUUCUUGAAAGUGUUUUGUAAUGGAACUUUAUGUGCAGUAUUAGCAAAUUUUUAUUUUAUUAUUGGCAUAUUUCUGUUUUGUGUAUACAUAUAGCAACACCAGCAACAGUUUUAGAGCAUUUCAGAUGCGUAUGAGAAAUUCUUCAUACAAAAUUUGGUUAAAGUUAAGAGCAUAUGAGUGUAUGAAAUAUUAGAUAAGUUUCCCUUCUUGUUUUGGCUUCUGCUCCUCUUUAUCCUUUUUCCCCCAUAUCUCUUUAAGCUGUCUCCUCUCCUUGCUCUCCCCUCCCAUUGUUUUCCUCUGAUCUUUCUAUUGCCUAAUGUCUCUUCCCCUUUUCUCUCCAUCUUUCCCUCUUUCUCUACUUUCACCUCUUUUUUUCUCAUUCCAAUUCCCCUCUCUCCCUUCAAUUCUUUCUUUAUCUUUCUCCUCUCCCCCUUUUUCUCUCCUCCCUUUCCUCUCCCUCCUCCCUCCCCUUACCCUUCUCUCUUGCAGUCAUCUUUUUCCUUUUCCCUUUUACCUCCUUUCCUAUCUCCUCCUCUCCCCUCUCUUCUACAUCUUCCUCUUCCUUUAUAUCAGUUUUUCUCCUCCCUCUUCCUUCUCUCUCUCUCUCUCUUUUCUCAUUCCUCUUUUUCCCCCAUUUCCCUUUUUUUACUUCAAUCUUCUCUUUUCUUUUCCCCACUUACCUUCAUUUGCCCUUUCUCUGCCCCUUUCUUUUUUUUUAUUUCUUCUUUGCAUCUCGCCUCUCUAAUUCUCUAUUUUCAGUAUUCAUAAAUGAAUGUGAUUGAAUUACUAAUGAUGAGUUGUGUCAUGAAGCACUCUUGUAUAAGUAAGUUAAUGAACUGCAGUUAGCAUCUCAUAUCAACGUCCAUCACACCACCAAUUAACAACUGCCACUCUUUUCACGUGUUUCUAGACCCCCCUCUCAGCCCUAGUUCAAAAUUCAUGCUUGAGGGAAAUUAUUUCAUGAAAAAUUUUGCAUAUUAGGAUUAAUUUUCUAGGUGAAAUUUUAAAAUUUUAGUACAGUACUUAAUGAGUGAAAUUAUACUCAUGUCCAUAUAAACUUGAGUGUGUCUUGAGAAUUAGGGCCAGGUCCUCCAUUGCUGUCAUUUACGUCCAAUUUAGAUGUAAAAUCCAAGCUUGAAGUGACUGGAAGGGCAGGGUUGAGCUGCGUAAAUGUUUGGCAAGCGUUUCAUGCCUUGAUCCUCAAGCAGUAUACAAUAUACCGAGUACUUGUGUGGUGUUAUUCUUCCCAUGGUAAAGAGAUUCCAAAGUUCUCAAUCUGGAUUUGGGCUCUUAGAAGUUUAAGGCCAAUAAUCAUUAUGAUGAAUGAAGCCACUCAGGUGUUUAGGAGGAUAGACUAUUGUUUUGGGAUUGAAGCAUUAGCUAGAUUUUAUAAGAAAUUUUACUGUAUGCUGUUAGUAUCAAGCAUUUUCGUCAUGUGUAAUGUUCAGUCAUUCAAACAUUUUGGUAUACUUAUGAGAGCUGAACACAAACAAGAAAACCUGAUUUCUUGGAUAUAUGGAAGUAUACACUGCCCAAUAUUUAUUUCUGUGAUGGAAAUGAAAGCUGGAAUUUUAGCCAGUGGCAUUGCUCCUCUUUACAUGUUGAGUAGUCACCAAACUGAUAAUUUUUUCCUAAGAAUACAUGGGUACUUAAAAAUAUCACUGAAGAAGCAAGUAACUUGAGGCUGCUAUUCGUACAUUUCAGUUUCAUAACGCCAGAGAAUUUGUAUCAAGACAUUUAAAACUGUUUUUUAUUAUUGGCAUAUAAUAUUUUUUUCAUUAUUGGCAUAUAGUUUUUCUAUUGGCACAUUAUUUUGUUCAAUGUCUUAAUAACUUACCUUCUAAUAGAUUAUGUUGUCAUUUUAAAUUGUUCAACUAUUAAGAUUUAACAUAUGUAAUCUUUUGCUAGUCAUUUAAAAUUAAGUGCAAUAUUGGGAUUUGGGACUUUGUUCCUUUAAAGUGAUGAGUAAUAUUUGUUUAAAAAUAAUUAAAAUAAAUUAAUUUUUAUGUCAUUUAUGUCACUUUUGUUAAAGAAACUAAAACGUCAGCGCAGUCUCAUCAACAUCGAAUGUACACUACUGUUAAAGAAGUAUCUAGUUUAUUCUUAUUUUGCUGCUGUAUCUUUAAAAAAUACCUAUAUCAGUAAAAGAGGCAAAUAUUUCAGAAAACAAUUCCAUACAUUUUUGUAAAGUGGGGCUUAAUGUCCUUUUUGAGUACAACUGAAGUAAAAACGUAUAGGGUAAUUGGAACUUUUAUUAUAUGCAGCAAUAUUAAAGGGUAUUGCACACCUAUUCCAGUAAUACAUUUCAUCCAGAAUUGUCAUUAUCAGGAUCAUUAGAUAUGGAGGUGUCAACGUGUACAAUUGCUGCUGAUGAAAUCAACAGUUUAUAAAAUUAAUAUAGGUCACACAUCUUCAUUAAGAUCUGAUGUCUGGCAUAAUCAUAAUUCUGGUUGACUGUGUACUAGAUAACUGAUAUACUGCUGCAUUGUAAAAUACUGUAUGUAUUCUUUUGUAACCGAGGUGGGUCUAUUGGGGCAUGUUGCUCCUAAUAGGUAUAAUAUUUUGAAUGAACAGUGAUUUCUACUUACUUAAGAAACUUUAACUGUAAGGAAUUAAUUUUUUGAGUGUCGGUGAACCCAUCACUCUUGAGUGGAAAAUAAGGGAACAAAUAUGCUGGUGUGAGUUAAGGAUUGAAGUACAUGUGAAAUUUGGCAGGAUGAAAAUCACUGGAUUUUCUAGACUUGACAAUUAUGGCAUAUAGCCAGCGAUGAAAUCUGAAAGUUAUGAACAUUUACAUGGUUGUGUUGGGAUAUUUCCAGUUGGCAGUGUCAAGAUGAACCCUGAAUCACUAUUUUUGGAACCUUGAGGAUUUAGUGUGAAAACUGAAAUAGAUAAGUUGUGUGCUGGAAAGGGUGUCAGCCUUGGCAAAGGACAGCAGAAAUGUACAAUGGCAUUUUUACAGAUUGUGAAAGUGGACACAGAUUGGAGUCUUUUUAGUAAUUCCAAACAAGUGUGAAUAGAAAGAUUAUGUGGGAUAGCAGACUAUAAAAAUGGAAUGGCAAGAAGGUUCUAAGGACAGUGUUUAUAAGGAGAGACAAGGAAGAUCAGCAAGUUUGCAAGCUGCAAUAUAUUUUGACUGUGGAGUCACGUGCUUCUUCAUCCUAUUAGAUUUUGGCUGUUAUAUGUUGUAAAGAGAUUAAUAUUGGGAUGAAAUGUAAUGUAUUCAUUAAAGAAAUUGUUAGGCUUCUUAAUCUCGAAAUCUAUAAAAUACUAUUAAAUGCACACAAUUUUAAUCAGAAGCAAAAAUUUAAUCACUUAAAGUUUAGGAGUUUAUACAUGUCAUUCUUUCAUGAUUUUUUUUUUGUCAGGUUUAGUUUUUUAUUGGAAAAUGCUUUAUAUUAAAAUGUAAUCAGAUUUUAUAUGAUUUAUCUUAAAAACUACUUAUAUGCUAGAUACUUUUGUUUAACAUUUUUUAAUGAGAAAGUAAAGUGUUUAGCAUUUCCUUUUACACAGUACAUUGCUUUUCCACAUCUUUGUAUUUGGGGCGGUCUCAAGUAGUUGCUUUUGUCAAACACCCGGGUAGAGUGUGUUAAUUGCAGCCUACUAAAUUAUAUAUUUCAGACAUUAUUUUGUGUGGCUAGUAGCUGUGUUUCUUGAGCUCUGUAGAUUUGAUAUCAAGCAAAAGGUCUACUAAAAUGGCAUGAUAGGUACACUAAUGGUUUCAUGCAUUGGUAAAUGGUAUUUUUGGUUGAUGCCUUCCUAAUACAGUAAUGAUACCUGUGGUGAGACCAAUGAUUCUAAUACUUUGAUAGUCAUUGAGAAGACACACUACAUACACAACCUUUAGAAAUGAGAUUUGUGCUGGAUUUUGAACUCGAAUGUAAGGUGCUUAAAGCCCUAGUAAUUUUUUGCUCUGUACUCAGAAUCACUGAUUACAUUUUUGUUUCUCUUCCAAUAACUGGUGUGAGUACUGGGCAAUUGCCAGGGAUAUUUUUUUUAAAUUACAAAGCAGUAAAUGAUCUACCAAAGAAAAAAACUGUGAUAACAAUGUUUCAGCAUCUCUCUUUUAGCCAUUUUUUUUUUUUUUGUGAUUGCAAGUUUAAUGUUACCAUGUGUAUUGCAGGAUUUAAUGCAGACUAUCUUUAAAGAAUUGGAUUUCCCAGCCAAAUGAAGUGUUUACAAAUGUUUUGGUUGCCUGACAAAUAUUUUUUAAAGAUUGUUAUAAUAUUGUAUGUGUUGUUAAAAUACUCUGAAUGUUUUGUGUAUUUCUUUAUUGGUUUACGAUAUACUCUGUUAAUACUCCUGUUAAUUAACCUACACAGAUUGUGUUCUUGGUAUUAAUUUCAGCUUUGCUUUAUUUCAUAUAUUCACAAGAACCACAAAUUUGUUCUAUCAGCACCAUGACUAAAUUAUCUGAGAGAAUAUUUUUUGAGAAUUUGUAUCAGCAUUGUUUUACAAUAUGGUAUGUGCUUACAGGCGUCAUUCUUACUUUUGCACCAUAAAACUGCAUUGUCGGGGUAAAAUGUAUAAAUUUAUUAUUUUAAUGCAGACCUCUAUUUUGUAAGCAUUUCAGGAGGUUGGACCACAGUUGUCUAGUCAGUGAAAAGUUUUUAGCAUAUUCAAAGAAAAUGUAAAAUAUUCAUGCUUUUUAGUAUAUCUUUUGUAAUAUUUUAUAUUGUACUUGCUGAUAUCUUUUAUUCAAUAAAUCUCUGCAAUUUUUUUUGUCUACAAGAAUAAUGAUAGAAGCAGAUAUUACAUAAUUAUCAACACUUAAUUCAUGAGAAUCACAAUCUCCACUAAAUUUGCUUUUUCAUUUUAACUUUUUGGUAUGUAAAUAAUUUUAAUCAUAUUUUAGCAGCUUGCAAACCUGUUGUUUAUAUACAGUAUUGAUGGUAUGGAAAGAAUAGAUCUUGUUUUGUAACAAAGCUA